UUUACUUCUCAUGAAUGUAGGCUUUGGGCUCACUGGAUACAAAGAGACUGAUUUGGAUGAGGACAACAUUUUAUCAUUAUUUAAUUAAUAACCAACAUCACCUUUAUCUCAAGGAAGCAAAGUUGAAUUGCACGCGACAAACAGAAACCGAGAUGUUGAAGGAACUGAGAAGCCGAAUGCGCCCAGCGGUGCUCUUCUGUAAGAGGAGGGUUUAAUCAGGGUCGUUAUCCGCCCCUUUAAUGCAAGUGUCCACGGAGGACGAAUAUAUCAGGACAUUACCAUCGGAAGUCCUACACGGACAGUUCGCAGUGGCUUUUGUAAAAAAUGUGCGGCGUUUGGGUCGCUAGUAACACGGUUAUUUACAAUGAUGGGACCGCGCAGCCAGUCUCGGGCAGAACCAAGCAUUACUCCGCCACGAUGCUCAUCCACUGCUGCUGACAGGUUGCCUAUGGAGACUGUUCAGAGGAAAAACAGCAGUAAUACUGGUGUUAUUCUGGACAUUUCCACCCUGAAAAUGGCCGAUGUUGACUCUGAGGUCCCGCCUCUACCUCCACGAUACCGCUUUCGAGAUCUGCUGCUUGGGGAUCAAUCUUUUCAGAAUGAUGACAGGGUGCAGGUGGAAUUUUAUGUAAAUGAAAACACUUUCAAGGAGAGGUUGAAGCUCUUCUUCAUCAAAAACCAAAGGUCAAGUCUCAGAAUACGCCUCUUCAACCUCUCCUUGAAGCUGUUAACAUGCCUCCUCUAUAUAAUCAGAGUCUCACUAGAUGAUCCAACUAACCAGGUCACAUGUGCACGGAAACACUGCACAAACAUUACAGAUGCCCUUUGCAACAAAACCUGUGGCAACUACACAACAAACCUGACUGCAGAUCCCACACAGAUAAACUGGGAGCUAAUAUUCUGGGUGAAUAGGAGAGUUCCUGUAUGGGCAAUACAGGUGACAGUGGCCUUAAUUAGCUUCUUGCAAGCUAUGCUCCUGGUGUAUCUCAGCUACAAGGGGAACAUUUGGGAGCAGAUUUUCCAAGUCUCCUUCAUCAUUGAGAUGAUCAAUACAGUGCCGUUCAUAAUUACAAUCUUUUGGCCUCCGCUGAGGAACAUAUUUGUUCCUGUGUUUCUUAACUGUUGGCUUGCCAAAUCAGCGCUGGAGAACAUGAUUAAUGAUCUCCAUCGUGCCAUUCAGCGCACACACUCUGCCAUGUUCAACCAGGUCCUCAUUCUGAUCUGUACACUGCUCUGUCUGGUCUUUACUGGGGCUUGUGGGAUUCAGCACCUGGAGCGGGCAGGGAAGAGCCUCUCCCUCUUUGAUGCUUUAUAUUUCUGCAUCGUCACCUUCUCGACUGUUGGUUACGGAGAUGUGACACCCAGAAUCUGGCCCUCUCAGCUACUGGUGGUCAUCAUGAUCUGUGUGGCUCUGGUGGUGCUGCCAUUACAGUUUGAGGAGUUGGCGUAUCUUUGGAUGGAGAGGCAGAAGUCAGGUGGAAACUACAGCAGACAUCGUGCUCAGACAGAGAAGCAUGUGGUUCUCUGCGUCACUUCACUCAAAAUAGACCUGCUCAUGGAUUUCCUUAAUGAGUUCUAUGCCCACCCGAGACUACAGGAUUAUUAUGUGGUGAUACUCUGUCCCACUGAGAUGGACAUCCAGGUUCGGCGUAUACUGCAGAUCCCGCUGUGGUCUCAACGGGUUAUCUACCUCCAAGGCUCUGCACUAAAGGACCAAGACCUGAUGAGGGCCAAGAUGGACGAUGCAGAGGCGUGCUUCAUCCUCAGCAGCAGAAAUGAAGUGGACCGCACCGCAGCUGAUCAUCAAACCAUUCUGCGAGCUUGGGCUGUGAAGGACUUUGCUCCAAACUGUCCUCUAUAUGUCCAGAUUCUCAAACCUGAGAACAAAUUCCAUGUCAAAUUUGCAGAUCAUGUGGUGUGUGAGGAGGAGUUCAAGUAUGCCAUGCUGGCCCUCAACUGUGUAUGUCCGGCCACCUCUACGCUGGUCACACUCCUGGUGCACACAUCUCGUGGACAGGAGGGUCAGAUGUCUCCAGAACAGUGGCAGAGGACGUAUGGCCGCUGCUCGGGGAACGAAGUUUACCACAUUCGUUUGAUGGACAGCAAGUUCUUUGGGGAAUAUGACGGGAAGAGUUUUACUUAUGCCUCCUUCCAUGCACAUAAAAAGUAUGGUGUCUGUCUAAUUGGCACAAAGAGAGAAGACAAUAAGAGCAUUCUUCUGAACCCUGGCCCUCGCCACAUCAUGUCUGCCACAGACACCUGCUACUACAUCAACAUCACUAAAGAGGAAAACUCUGCCUUCAUCUUCAAGCAGGAGGAGAAGCACAGCAAAGGGCAGUCGGCCCCCGGUGUGUAUGACGCCCCCUCUCGUCUCCCGGUGCAGAGCAUCAUCGCAAGCAUGGGAACUGUGGCCAUUGACCUGCAGAACCCAGAUCCCCCGGCUGACAGCCGUAAACUGGCCCUGCCCACAGAGAAUGGAGCUGGGAGCCGUAGACCCAGCAUUGCCCCUGUGCUAGAGAUCGCCGAUUCCUCUGCAAUCCUGCCUUGUGAUCUUCUCAGUGACCCCUCAGAAGAUGAGACCAACCAAUCGGAUGAUGAAGGAGGACCAGCUUUAGAGUGGAUUAGAGGCUAUCCUCCAAACUCCCCUUACAUUGGAAGCUCCCCAACACUUUGUCACCUUUUGCAACAAAAGGCGCCAUUUUGUUGCUUACGACUUGACAAGGGUUGUCGACACAAUAGCUUUGAAGACGCCAAGGCAUAUGGGUUCAAAAACAAGUUGAUUAUUGUUUCUGCUGAAACUGCAGGAAAUGGCCUGUACAACUUCAUAGUGCCACUGCGUGCCUAUUACCGACCCCGGAAGGAGCUGAAUCCCAUUGUGCUGCUGUUGGAUAAUCCACCUGAUAAUCAUUUUCUUGAAGCCAUCUGCUGUUUCCCUAUGGUGUACUACAUGGCUGGUACCAUUGACAAUUUGGAUAACCUGCUGCAGUGUGGCAUCAUCUACGCUGAUAACCUGGUAGUGGUAGAUAAGGAGAGCACUAUGAGUGCAGAAGAAGACUACAUGGCAGAUGCUAAAACCAUAGUCAAUGUGCAGACCAUGUUCAGGUUGUUUCCUAGUCUCAGCAUAAUCACCGAGCUAACCCAUCCUUCUAAUAUGAGAUUCAUGCAGUUUCGUGCCAAAGAUUGCUACUCCCUGGCUCUCUCCAAACUCGAAAAGAUAGAGAGAGAUAAGGGCUCUAAUCUGGCCUUCAUGUUCCGCCUCCCAUUCGCUGCAGGCAGAGUGUUCAGUAUUAGUAUGCUGGAUACUCUUCUUUACCAGUCUUUUGUGAAGGACUAUAUGAUUCUCAUUGCAAGACUCCUGCUGGGUCUAGACACCACUCCGGGCUCGGGCUACCUCUGUGCUAUGAAGGUAACAGAAGAGGACCUGUGGAUCCGGACGUACGGAAGACUGUUCCAGAAGCUGUGUUCAUCCAGUGCAGAAAUUCCCAUUGGGAUAUACCGCACUGAAUCUCACAUGUUUUCUUCCUCAGAGUUUAAGGAGGUUUGCAAACAGUCUCAGGUGUCUGUGGAGGACUCUGAGGACCCGCGCGAUCGCAGGGAAUCCUGGAAAGAGAAAACCGCCCACAGAAACUCCACAGGGAGCGACCAAUCAGAGCACCCACUCCUGCGGAAGAAGAGCAUGCAGUGGGCGAGACGGCUGAGCAGAAAAAACGCCAAACCGCCCAGUCGAGUUGAACGCAUCAAUCAGCAGCGCCUAAAUCUGUACCGGCGCUCAGAGAGACAGGAGCUGUCAGAGCUGGUGAAGAACCGCAUGAAGCACUUAGGGCUGCCCACUGUUGGAUACGAGGAUGUAGCUAAUUUAACUGCAAGUGAUGUGAUGAACCGAGUAAAUCUAGGAUAUUUGCAAGAUGAAAUGAAUGAUAAUCAGAACACGUUAUCAUAUGUGCUGAUAAACCCUCCUCCGGACACCAUUCUAGAGCUGAAUGACAUUGUCUACAUAAUCCGUUCUGAUCCGCUGGCACACGUCCCUGAGAAUCUCCCAGGGGCUCCGGCCGGAGUGAAGCUACGUCAAGACUAUGGACCUGAGUCGAGGGAUGAGACCCAUCUGUAGGAACUAGAAGUUCCUGUUAACCGUCCUUCCCUCCCUCCUCCGUCUUAAGCUGCUACAGGCUGCAUGAAGAGUGAAAGGACACACAACCGACCACACAGACACGACCCAUGUGCCAACACAUUCACAACCCAAGCUGCCCAACCAAGCCAAAUAGCUCUGUAACCGUAGAACUGAAACACUUUACAGAUUCCUCUUUUCUAUGACACAGACGUACAGAAUCUCCUGGCACAUUUCAGACUUCUCUGUUACAUUUUUGUAUUUGAGACUUGGCUCAGUGCAAGUGUGAAGUGUUGAAUCAGUUUGGACCAAACAAGCUGUCCAAGGACUUUGGAUUUAUAGAGCAGUGUAUAUCAGAAGCAUUACAUAAAGCAGUAUUUAAGAGGGCAGCUAAAAACAGAAGGAAAAAAACAACAACUAUUACAUCAGUCAGCUAACCCGAGUGGACCUGAACACUGGAUAGUCAUACAUGUGGGGUAUUUCAGUAUGACAUUGAACAGAAUUAGUUUACAUCAGUGCUAUAUUUUGUAUUUAUAUAGCACGAAUAUAGUAUAUAUUAAUAUAUUUGUAUAUAAGUUGGCCACAUAUUUCACAUGCUCAGUGACUUUAGUAUUCACAGUAUUUUGUUGUUUUAUUCCUCGAAGCACAAAGGGUUUUAGAUUUGAAAUUGCUCAUCUCAAGCUGAAGCUUUUACAUGUGAUUGAACACCAUGAUUUACUGUAAAUCACUGUCAUUUAUCACUACAAAUGUUAUCAUACACCCGUUCAAAAGCUAGAUCAAGGUCUUUGCCGUACGAUGUCAAAUUUGCAGCAAAAAAAAUGGAACCUAUUCUGCAGAAAACGCAUUGAAGAGAUGCCAAAUGUUAAUAUACAUAAGAUCAACAUUAAAAGAGGUUUGGUGUCAAACUUUUGAAUUAUGUUUGGGUUAUACAAUAGAAAAUGUUAGAUUUAAUAUGCACUGUUGGUGACCAUUGUUUUUCGGUUGCAUUUAGCCAACAAAUGUGUUUUUGUUGUUGUUGUUUUGUUGUUUCUUUAAAAUGCAUUUGUAUUUCUAAAAAUAUUCAGUUACUUAAUUUUUUUAUUUCAGUGUGCACAAUGUAUGUUACUGCUUAUUUUGGAUAAAAAGGUAUAGCUAUAUGUUAGCUAUAUAUGUCUAUAUAAAUAUAUAGUGAGUGCACGAGGGAAACAUUUGAAUUUGCCGAUUUUAUUGCACUAAGCUCUGUUGAUAGAGCAGUACAUAGUAACCCUUUAAACUACAUAAAGAAAACAUUACAAAUUUGACAUUUCACAGUACAUUUAAAUUUGUGUUUUGUUUUUGCCUUCUGUAUUAAGACAUUGCAUUGUUAAUUUGCUAUUUACAUCAGUAAAUGGAGCUGACAUUUAAAGCUAUCAUGGGAAGCUUGAAUUUUAAUCUUUUUAGUUUUAACAAACAGGUGUAUUCAUCUUUUAUUGAACAGAAAUGUGAAUGCCCACUUUUGCGCAAAGUAGCUAAGGUUGAGUUACUCCCAUAUCAUUCUUAACUGUCUGUCUCCACAAAGAAAUGCGAUAGAUGACAGUAAAAGCAAUGAAAUCGGAAUCUUUGCAGCUAUUGUUUUUUAAAAUACUUUAUAAAUCUGUAUUCAUGUUUACAGCAUAUUUAAGGCAUUUUCUGCCUUAUUUCGCUUCUGUUGAUCUGGCAUAUCAGUUUAUUGCUUAGCUCCAAGACUAGACAAUCUGUCAGUAGUAAAUGGAGGUGUUUUGCUUCCGUAAAGAUAUUCCCACCUACAUUGUCCAUCAGUCACGUUUUUCUCAUACAGAUUGCUUUAAGAAUGUUUUUUCUUUAUUAUUUAUUUUAUGUUUUCCUAAAUUUCCAGCCAGAAUUGGAAAGGAUAUGCAUAAUGUGCAUGUUAAAAAUUGCCUGCAAAAUUCUUCUAUUUUUACUAGUUCCCUAAGAUUUAAAACCUAUAUCUUGAUCAGCUGAUCAAAGCUGCUGUGAUUUAACAAAUUUAUUUAUUCCAGUAGUUUUAGAAGAACAUGGACCAUGCAUGCCCUUAUCUUGCCAAAUGUGUCAGAGACCCAUGUUUACAGUUGCUGGCUCCUGUUUUUGGAUUGUGCUUAAUACAUUUAACUUAUACAUUUUGUACAAUUUCUUAAAUGAAGUCUGUACUAACAUGUAAGAAUGAAUCAAUAAAUGCUGCAUGCAGCCAGAGAAA